UCUUGGCGGGUCUCCCGGCUUCUCCGCCGACCCCUGCUCAUGCCCAGGGCCCCACUCACAUCGCUUGAGGCCCCGCAUUGCCUCUGCCGCCCCGCUUACACCUCGAGCCUCUGAGCAGUAGCGUCAGUGCGUUAGAGCCCGGCUGUAACUUUGAUUACUCUUUUCCCGCCUUGGUAGACUUCCGUCCUCUCCCAUGGAGAAUGAAUAUUGCGCCCCGAGAAUAAUGGAGCGGAUUCAAAGCCUCUGUGCUUGAAUCUUUAGGGCCCGGUACCUGCCUGUGGGGAUUCCCAAAUCCCAAGGACUUGGUUCUGAAUCAGAGACCUUGGAUCACCUCCUGUUACUCUUAGUAAUAGUCCUACUAACAAGAGAAGUUAACAUUUACAUAAUUAUACUUUUCUUGCCAGGCAACAUUAUAAGAAAUUUAAACAUAAGUUUGUUUAAGCCUUACAACAGUACCAUGAACUGGGUAUUAUUUUCAAAUGGGAAAACUUUGUGGCCCAAUAUAGUGGGCCCUACCAAAUCGUUUUCCACCCAGAACCACAGAAUGUGACAUUUAGAAAUAGGGUCUUUGGAGAUGUAAUCAGUUAAGAUGAAGUCAUACUUGAUUAAGGUGGGUGCCAAAUACAAAAUGACUGUUUUCCUUUUAAAAAGAGGGAAGUAUGGAUACAGACACAGCAACAAAGGAAAAACGACCAUGUCUAGAUGAAGGCUGAGAUUGGAUUGGAUUUAUGUUGCCAAAAGCCAAGAAUGCGGAUUGUGGAUGAUGAUGUGAGCUGGACCGCUAUCUCCACAAGUAAACCAGAAAAGGAGGAAGAGGAAGAUGAUGGAGAUUUGCCUGUGGUGGCAGAGUUUGUGGAUGAGCGGCCGGAAGAGGUAAAGCAGAUGGAGGCCUUUCGUUCCAGUGCCAAAUGGAAGCUUCUGGGAGGCCACAAUGAAGACCUACCCUCACACAGGCAUUUUCUUCACGAUACCCUAGAUUCAUCUCCUAGGAGAGUCCGUCAUGAUACCCCAGAUUCAUCUCCUAGGAGAGUCCGUCAUGAUACCCCGGAUUCAUCUCCUAAGAGGGCCCGUCAUGACACCCCAGAUCCUUCUCCCCUCAGAGGGGCUCGUCAUGACUCAGACACAUCUCCUCCCAGGAGGAUCCGUCAUGACUCCUCAGACACUUCACCUCCAAGGAGGGCCUGUCAUGAUUCUCCAGAUCCUUCUCCUCCCAGGAGGCCUCAGCAUAAUUCUUCAGGUGCAUCUCCUAGGAGAGUCCGUCAUGAUUCACCAGAUCCCUCUCCUCCUAGGCGAGCCCGUCGUGAUUCCUCAGAUAUCUCUACCACCAGAAGGGUCCAUAACAACUCCCCUGACACAUCUAGGAGGACUCUUGGCUCUUCAGACACACAGCAACUCAGAAGGGCCCAUCAUGACUCCCCUGAUUUGGCUCCUACUGUCACUCAUUCCCUACCCAGAACCAAAAGUGGUAAAGCCCCAGAAAGAGCCUCUAGCAAGACUUCUCCACCUUGGAAGGAGUCAGGAGCCUCCCAUUCGUCACUCCCAAAGAACAGCAAAUAUGAGUAUGACCCUGACCUCUCUCCUCCACGAAAAAAGCAAACAAAAUCCCAUUUUGGAGACAAGAAGCAGUUUGAUUCCAAAGGUGACUGCCAGAAAACAACUGAUUCAGACCUUUCUUCUCCAUGGCAUAAACAAAGUCCAGGGCACCAGGAUUCCGAUUCAGAUCUAUCACCUCCACGGAAUAGACCUAGACACCGGAGCUCUGAUUCUGACCUCUCUCCACCAAGGAGGAGACAGAGGACCAAAUCUUCUGAUUCUGAUCUGUCCCCGCCUCGAAGGAGUCAGCCUCCUGGAAAGAAGGCUGCACACAUGUAUUCUGGGGCUAAAACUGGGUUGGUGUUAACUGACAUACAGCGAGAACAGCAGGAGCUCAAGAAACAGGAUCAAGAAACCAUGGCAUUUGAAGCUGAAUUUCAAUAUGCUGAAACCGUAUUUCGAGAUAAGUCUGGUCGUAAGAGGAAUUUGAAACUGGAACGUUUAGAGCAAAGGAGGAAAGCAGAAAAGGACUCAGAGAGAGAUGAGCUGUAUGCCCAGUGGGGAAAAGGGCUUGCCCAGAGCCGGCAACAGCAACAAAAUGUGGAGGAUGCAGUGAAAGAGAUGCAAAAGCCUCUGGCCCGCUAUAUUGAUGACGAAGAUCUGGAUAGGAUGCUAAGAGAACAAGAAAGAGAGGGGGACCCCAUGGCCGACUUCAUCAAGAAGAAUAAGGCCAAGGAGAACAAGAAUAAAAAAGUGAGACCUCGCUACAGUGGUCCAGCACCUCCUCCCAACAGAUUUAAUAUCUGGCCCGGAUAUCGCUGGGAUGGAGUGGACAGAUCCAAUGGAUUUGAACAGAAGCGCUUUGCCAGGCUUGCCAGCAAGAAGGCAGUGGAGGAACUUGCCUACAAAUGGAGUGUUGAGGAUAUGUAACUUUCCUGAGGCUGUGGGGGUGGCUGGGCUGUGGUAGUGGGCAUAGGCAGCGAGAUAUCCAGUGGUAACCGUUGUCUGUGCUAAUAAUUGGAGCCCACAAAGACCAGCAACUUGUUGAAUGCCAGUUUUGACUACAGAAGAAUAUUUGAGACCUGAUGUUUGGACUGAGGUACCUGUACUUCUUGGGUAUGACAACCCCGGCUGUUGCUGGCUUUCAGAGGAAGCAUUGAUUUCUCAGUGUACCAGGGGUUGUUCUUGGUUAGGGUUUUUCUUUUCCUUUUUUAAAUAAACAUAUAUUUAUUUUUUUUAAA